AUGAGUGUCAUGUGCAUGGGGCGUGUAUCAUGGCAGGUGAUUAUAUUGCCCCAGUUUGUGUUUGGGUCUAAAAAACGGUCUCAUCACCCCCACACACACCUCUCCUACCCCGCCCCCACACCAACACCCCCACACAGCAUCCCCAUGCCCCACACCAACACCCCCACACCCCCUCUCCUACCCCUUCCCCCCACCGCUGCCGCCACCGCCCUCUCCACCCCCUGUCAUUGCCCAGACCUAAAGCCAUGCCAAUACCCAUACCCUUACCCAUACCCAUACCCAUACAUCAAAUACUUUAGCCAUUAUUAUCCCACGCAAACAUCCACAUCCAUACCCAAACCAUACCUAUACCCAUACUCAUACCCAUACCCAUACCCAUACCCAUACCCAUAUCAAUACCCUCAUCCAUACUCAUACCCAUAUCGAUAUCCUUAUCCAUACCAUACCUAUACCAUACACCUUCACCUACCUUAA